AUGCGCUACGCCGACCCCUCCGCCAACCGGGACCUGCUGGGGAACCGAACUUUGCUCUUCAUCUUCAUCUGCGCCUUCGCGUUGGUGACCUUGCUGCAACAGAUCCUGUACGGCAGGAACUACAUCAAGAGAGGACUCCAGUUUGGCUGGCAGAGUGACGACCCGCUGGCCAAUUGGACGGGGCUCUUUAAUAUCACCGAUGAUCAAGCAGUGCAGAGCGGCAGUGACUCCAGCUCCAGGUACUUUGAAUUUUACAAGGGGCCUUUUGAAUAUAACUCCUCCAGAUGCCUGGAGCUGAGGCACGAAAUCCUGGAAGUGAAGGUGCUGUCCAUGGUGAAGCAGUCGGAGCUGUUUGACAGGUGGAAGAGCCUCCAGAUGUGCACGUGGGCGAUGAACAUCUCGGAAGCCAACCAGUUCAAGUCUACUUUGUCCAGGUGCUGCAAUGCCCCCUCCUUCCUCUUCACCACCCAGAAGAACACUCCCUUGGGGACGAAGCUCAAGUAUGAGGUGGACACCAGCGGCAUCUACCACAUCAACCAGGAGAUCUUCCGCAUGUUCCCCAAGGACAUGCCUUACUACCGGUCCCAGUUUAAGAAGUGUGCAGUGGUGGGCAACGGAGGCAUCCUCAAGAACAGCCGCUGUGGCCGGGAGAUCAACAGCGCUGACUUUGUGUUCCGGUGCAAUCUACCCCCCAUUUCGGAGAAGUACACCGUGGACGUGGGAGUAAAGACAGACGUGGUCACUGUGAACCCCAGCAUCAUCACAGAGAGGUUCCACAAGCUGGAGAAGUGGCGGCGGCCCUUCUACCGCGUGCUGCAAGUGUACGAGAACGCGUCAGUGCUGUUGCCCGCUUUCUACAACACGCGCAACACCGACGUGUCCAUCCGCGUCAAGUACGUGCUGGACGACUUCCAGUCGCCGCAGGCGGUCUACUACUUCCACCCUCAGUACCUGGUCAACGUGUCGCGCUACUGGCUCAGCCUGGGCGUGCGCGCCAAGCGCAUCAGCACCGGCCUCAUCCUGGCCACAGCGGCGCUCGAGCUCUGUGAGGAGGUGCACCUCUUCGGCUUCUGGGCCUACCCCAUGAACCCCUCGGGCCUCUACAUCACCCACCACUACUACGACAACGUCAAGCCCCGGCCCGGCUUCCACGCCAUGCCCUCCGAGAUCUUCACCUUCCUGCACCUGCACAGCCGCGGCAUCCUCCGCGUCCACACGGGCACCUGCAGCUGCUGCUGA